UGUCACUUCACUCAGCUCCACGGUCGCCAUACCUCGUUGCGCUCGGCCCCACCGACAAUGCGGGUCUUUCCGACCGUGGAGACGCCGUCCAUGGCGCCCAUGUGGCGCAAGAUGCGCGAGAUCCGUGCCAUGGUCACCAAGAAGCCUCAAAAGGACGCGCAGCAGCGUUUCUCGGCCUCCAGCUGGCGCAAGAGCUCGGCGCAGGACGCGGCCAAGCGGUUCAACAGCGCCACCAGUUAUCUCGCUGCUGUUAGCGUCAAAGCCCACCGAAAAUCGUCCGUUGCGAGGUUCAGCUUUGUCUCCGAGCUCGAGAAAGCCACGGAUAUCGACGAGUUCGAGCUGCUGGACGUUCUGGGCCGAGGAAGCUUCGGCUCGGUGCAUCUGGCUCGACAUUUAGACACCGGCGCAACUGUAGCCAUCAAGAUGGUUACGAGGCAUUCGGUGCAUGAGAUGCAUCAAGAGAAGAAUAUCAUGAGAGAGCAGAGUGUGCAUUUGGGUCUGGUACAUCCAUUUAUUGCUAGACUCUAUGCCACUUUCCAAGACAAUGAGGCGCUGUAUUUCGUGUUGGAAUUUUGUCCAGGAGGAGAGAUAUACAGCUUGGUGUAUACCCACGAUGACGGGCAUUUAGAGGAGAAUGAAGACUGUGACGACUCCGAUGAAGAAGAGAACAGGAGAUCCAGACAAGUGCAAGUGCCCGACACCUCCGACUCAGUCACUACCGAGUCCGAAUCAGAUGAAGAGCAAAGCAGACAACAACGUGGAGCGAGCAUCGCAAUGAGUCGCAAUAGUUUAACACUAGAGAACUUUCUAUUCAAGCAGAAACUACGCAGCUCCCACGGCGGACUACACGAACGCUAUGCAGCUUUCUACGCUGCGUGUUUGAUGACGGCCCUCGAGUAUCUGCACAGACGAGGAGUCUUGUAUCGCGAUUUGAAGCUCGAAAAUCUCGUGUUGGACGCUGAUGGAUACCCGAAACUCAUCGACUUUGGGUUAUCCAAGCCAGACGCGACUAGGACGACAGAACGGAACGCGACAAUGUGUGGUAGUGCCGAGUAUAUGGCUCCAGAAAUUCUGCAACACAAGCCGUACGACCAGCGAGUAGACGUAUGGGCUUUUGGUAUUCUCCUGUACGAAAUGUUGUUUGGAACGACACCGUUCUACCAUGCUAACCAUAGAGAGCAAGGUCGUCGUAUCAUCUCGGAGCCUGUGCAGUUCCCCGAAGACUACGAGCAAGGACACCCUGCAGUGUGCUCUCUUAUCAAGAAGCUAUUGGAAAAAGACCCAGCACUGCGCCUUGCGUCGUUCUCAGAGGUGAAGAAGACGACAUUCUUUCGAAUGUAUUUCCCGUCAACGCAAGGUUGGCAGCAACUUGAAGCGCGACAAGUAGAGCCUCCGUUUAUCCCGAGACUGGAUGGUCCUUUCGAUACCAGUUUUUUUGUACGUGUCCAAGACGGAGAUGAAGAUUGUGGAAGCGAUGCCGACUCAGAUUUUGGGUACUAA